AUGGCGCAACCAAAUCUUACAAAUAUUACGAAUGCUUUCCAAGUACUUGCAAACGAAGUUCCUAACGUGCAGAACCUUCCGGUAGUUGCCACAGCUACGCAAUUCCAAAACCUCACUGCGCAAAUCCAAAACCUCGCUACACAACUCACUAGACACACUGCACAACUCCAAGCGCUCACUACACAAAUCCAAAGCCUCACUAGACAACAGCAAGACCUUACUACACAACACCAAGCUCUCACUCAGUCAAUUGACCAGCUUGAGCAAAGAACGCAAGCUCGCGUUGCGAAUUCCACAAUCCGUGACGAUCGAACUGCCAACAUCGAGCUUUUAAAUACAAAUGCAGGCGCUGUUCCUCCUAAUUUUCCUCAAGAUGUCAAUGCUAUUCAGAAUGUACAGUCUGCUGAAAUCACCGCAUUACUUACUGCCUAUGGUCAACCGACAAAUGGAAGCCUUACUACUCGCAAGAGAGCCUUGUCAAGUAUCUCGGAAUAA